AUGGCUCGCUUUGGGAAUCCCUUUUCUUUUACGCCUGUCCCGGUGACCUUUUUCACUUCGAUCAUAUACAUUGGAUUGUUCGCUGUCCUCAUUGUGAAUCACUAUAUACUGCCUUCGACUCCAUCCAAGUACCCGGAAGGAGUCGAUCUCACAGCAGCCUGGAAUGACCUUCAAAACUUGACUUCAUACUAUCACCCAUAUAACAGCAAAGCGAACGACGAUGCAAGAACUUUCCUCCUGGAUCGGAUCUCUGAGAUUCUCACGACCAACAAGGCAAGCUUCGCUGUCGAGAGAGACAGGAUCGAUGGUGUCACUUCUACGAAGAGAACCGAUUUGAGCUCUGUCAUAGUGAUUGACGAUCUUGGAUCGAACGUUACCUCUUCGAGAGAUAGCUUGAGCGUUUACUUUGAAGGAAGUAACAUCAUAGUGUCGAUCAAGGGCACUGAUGAUGAAGGCCACUGUUAUCAGGACAAUGCCUCAAGCGAUGCUAAGAAAGUUAAAGGAGGCGUCCUCGUGAACGCUCAUUUUGACUCUGUCUCAACCGGAUUUGGAGCCACUGAUGAUGGUGUCGGGAUUGUCACCAUUCUCCAGCUACUCUCUUAUUUCACUACACCAGGCAACGAGCCAACCAGAUGCCUAGUUCUCUUACUAAACAACGGGGAGGAAGACUACCUCAAUGGAGCACGGGCUUUCAUGCGGCAUCCUGUUUCGCAAACGCCGCAUACAUUUUUGAACCUCGAAGGAGCCGGAGCGGGAGGUAAGGCUAUCCUGUUCCGUGCUACAGAUACUGAAGUUGCGAGAUUCUACAAGAAAGCCAAGAACCCUUUUGGUACCGUCGUCACGGCAGACGGUUUUGAACAAGGCGCUAUCCGCAGUCAGACUGAUUAUGUCGUGUUCAAUGGCGAUCUCGGCCUCAGAGGCCUUGAUGUUGCCUUCUUCGAGCCAAGAGCAAAGUAUCAUACGAUGCAGGACUCAACGAUUGAGACGUCCAAGCAGUCAGUCUGGAACAUGCUUUCGGCCUCACUCGGCACUGUGAAAGCAAUGGUCUCAGAUACCAGCGACCAUUUUAGCGGGCAGCCAGAAGAUGGAAAAGUCAAAGCAGGCGACGGAAGCAGGGUUGUCUACUUCGAUCUCUUCACUCAAGUACUUGCAGUCUUUGAAUUGCAUACCCUCUUUGCUUGGUCUGUCACGCUUCUUGUGGUUACACCGAUCAUGUUCAUCGUUCUCACAAUCUUCUUGUCACGGGCUGACAAAAUGUAUCUGUGGGCUCGCCGCGGAUGGGUACACUCCUCGAACGAUGAUCACUUCAUCUCUUUCAAUGGAAUUCGAGGUUUUUUCCGAUAUCCGAUGACGAUUGCUAUAGCUACCGCAGCUACCAUAGCCCUUGCAUACCUAUAUGCCAAGGUAAACCCACUGAUCGCAUACAGCAGCGAGUACUCAGUAUGGGCCUCCAUGAUUGCGGCCUGGUUCUUCGUCGCAUGGAUGGGUCUUCGAGCCUCUGAUGAGAUGCGGCCCACGGCAUUGCAGCGCAUAUACGCAUUGCUAUGGAUCUACAUUGCAUCCUUUGCGCUGUUAGUCCUUGCCACUAUCAGCGAGAACAAUUUCCAUCUUGCAGGAGGUUACUUCCUCGUCAUAUACUUUGCAAGCGUCUCUAUCGCGCUGCUACUGUCCUUCCUCGAGAUGUUUGCUCUGCCAAAGAAGGCAGACUACGUAGCACUAAUGGAUGGUAAUGGCCCGGAUAGUCGACCUCCGACCUCAGGUACCAACCAUAGAUCCAAUCAUGGGUCCACAGAACAUGACGACGACGCUACUGAGACGACAUCAUUGCUACAAAAUGAUCGUCAAUCCUUUGCACGUUAUGGCUCUCGCCGUGCUUCUCAGGACGUUUCAGAGACCACAAGUGACGAUCGACCGCCCGCUGAAAUGCGUGGAGCCUAUGGUGAAGAGCAGCCUUGGAGCUGCAAACUCCCAAGCUCUGUCUGGCUCCUUCAAUUUCUCCUCCUCGGGCCUAUAAAUAUCGUCCUUAUUGGACAGAUAGCCUUGACCAUCACCGCGGGUCUGCACCAGACUGGAGCAGACGGCAGCUCCAUUCUAGCCGUCUACCUCUUCAUUGCCAUCCUCACCGUCCUCCUACUGAUCCCAAUCACACCCUUCCUACACCGCUUCCAUUACCACUUCCCUACAUUCCUCCUGUUGAUCCUGAUUGGCACGUUAGCAUAUAAUCUCGUUGCGUUUCCGUUCUCGCCAAACAAUCGCCUCAAACUUUUCUUCCUCCAGCGCGUUGACUGCGACACCGGCGCUACAUCAGUUUCACUGACCGGCGCACAACCCUUCGUCGAAGCAGCAAUCUCUAACCUCCCCAGUGCGAGCGGACAUGACAUAAACUGCACAUCGUCUGAUGCAUACACCAGCUCGCGCAACGGUCUGACGAGUUGUAUUUGGCCCGGUCUACCUGCACACCCGGUCACACUCCCAUCCAAUAUCUCAGCCAUCCACAGUCGCCGGAGCUAUGAGUCCAAAUGGUUCAACUUCGACAUCGAAACCACAGGCGGCAAGAAUACUGCUACCUUUUACAUCUCAGCUCUUGACACGAAGAACUGCCGCAUUUACUUCGACACGCCCGUCAAAUCACUGCAUAUCGCCAACGCAGCAUCUGACUCGCGCUUUUCUCCCGUGGGCGAGAAUGGCGCACGCGAAGUCAGAUUGUGGAGUCGAACUUUCCACGCUCAGUGGAACGUGAGCGUGGCAUGGGAUACUUCCAAAAACACUGGACUUUCAGGCCACGUUGUCUGUCUAUACGCCGAUGCAAACGCCCAAGGCGCAAUCCCCGCACUGGAGGAAAUAUGGCGCUUCCUACCGAACUGGGCGAUUGUGACAAAAGCCGGUGAUGGGCUCGUGGAGGGAUGGAAGAAAUUUGAGAUUUGA